AUGGGGAACAUCGGCAUUGGCAGUGCAGACAUGGGGAACAUCGGCAUUGGGAGUACAGACAUGGGGAACACCGACAUGGGGUGUACAGACAUGGGGAAUAUCAACGUUGGGAGUACAGACAUUGCGAACACCGACAUGAGGAACACCGACAUUGGGAACAUCGGCAUUGGGAGUGCAGACAUGGGGAAAAUCGACAUUGGGAGUACAGACAUGGGGAACACAAACAUGGGGAGUACAGACAUGGGGAACACCGACAUGGGGAACAUCGACAUUGGGAGUACAGACAUGGGGAACACAGACAUUGGGAGUACAGACAUGGGGAACACCGACAUGAGGAGUACAGACAUGGGUAACACCGACGUAGGGAGUGCAGGCAUUGAUAACACCGACAUUGAGUGA